GGGGCCGGGCGAGGCGCUUUUGUUCGGGCGGCGGCGGUGGCGGGGCGGACAUGGCGUUCGUACCGGGGCAGCCGGUCACCGCCGUGGUGCAAAGAAUUGAAAUACAUAAGCUUCGUCAAGGUGACAAUUUAAUUCUGGGAUUCAGCAUUGGGGGUGGCAUUGAUCAGGACCCUACUCAGAAUCCUUUCUCUGAAGAUAAGACUGACAAGGGUAUCUAUGUAACAAGGGUGACACAGGGAGGCCCGGCAGAAGUUGCAGGACUCCAGAUUGGAGAUAAGAUCAUGCAGGUGAAUGGCUGGGAUAUGACAAUGGUGACCCAUGACCAGGCCAGGAAGAGGCUGACCAAAAGGAAUGAGGAGGUGGUACGGCUGCUGGUGACCAGGCAGUCCCUGCAGAAGGCUGUGCAGCAAUCCAUGAUGUCCUAAUCCAUCAUCCAGCUGGGGAGGGGGUGGGAAGGGAGAUGUAUAGACUGCUAUCAAAGAAAGAAGCAACUAUUAGACUGGAACAGGUUGUCUGGAAGGAGUGCAUGUUCCUACCUGUGGUAAACACUACUUUUUUAUUUUAACUUCUUCUGGUGUAACUGGCAGUAGUAAAACAAUACUCCCCUCAGCAGAGUGCUUCUCUAAAGUCUGCCCUGCAGGUACAUGGCAAGACUUCUGUAGUCAUGACUUUCAGGACAGGACAGACCCAAGUUAUCUAAGAGCAACUGGAAAAGCCUUAACUUGGACAGGAUUCUUCUGUAGCACAAAAGCCUCCUAUUUUAGGAGGAAAUGUGGUUUCUGCUAUGGGAGACCAGAGGGUUUGCUGUGCCUAAGCUUUUAGAAGGGAGCUGUCCUGUCCCCCACAUUGCUACCAAAUUCAUAUGCCAGAGUUAAGAGCUGCACAGUGCUGUGGGGAGGAGCACUGUACUAAUCCUUCACUGUGUGCAAGAUAGAGAGUGGCUGAAAGGUUUGGGGCAUUACAGUUUCCUACAAAGAUUCCCUGGACAAAGCAGCCUCUUGAGGCAAGAAACAGCUGAGUAACAAACAAGUGUUAGAUCAAUGCCUGUGAAGUACACUACAAUUUAAUGGACACUACAGUUCAACCUCACUGGCAGGGUAAAACCUGAAUUCUCCUUACUCCCAGUUUGUACCAUCAGCUGAAUUGAGUUUAAUUGAGCAGGAAACAAAGCAAUGUUCCUGAACCUACCAGAAAUGCUGCUCAUAGCUGUAGAGUUUUCAGGCCUUCAUUCCACUUCUAUCUGACUUGAAAUGGGAGGGAUUUUGGUUUGUGUUUUAGAAGUUUCUGCUUAAAUCAGUGAUUUAUUGGAUGGAAGAGAUCACUAUGCCAGUAAUUUGCAGAAGUGCCUCUUGACCAAAUUUAAACUUCUAGUAGGAUACUAAGUGUUUUAAAUCAACAUGCCACAGGACUGAAGAGUCUUGCUGCAACUCUAAGUCCAUGAUCUAGCAUCCUGUGGUUUGUUAGCCAGUUAGCUUUACAAUUAUCCAAAACCUGGAGUUUUUAAUCCUUUUCAGUUGAUCUAUACAUAUCUAUAGUUUCUUUAAGCAGCCUUGAGGUAAGCUGUUGUAAAUAGAGCAUGAGGAGGUGGCCAACUAAUUUAUUCAGUACCUCACUGCAGCAGAUGCCUACUUACCAAUUUUAUAUCUCUGGAAUUACUACAAUUCUGCUUUGGAAUUUUGUAAUUUAAGAAUUCAGUAGUAAAUUUUAAGUCUUUCAAGUUGGAGUUAUUUUUGUUACUAUAAAGAUACACUGCUAUUUGUACUGCUUUUUUCACUUGAUUUUACACACAAUAAAACAAAAUUGGUUUUCCUGA